GGAGGGAGCGAGAGAGAGAGAGAGAGAGAGAGAGAGAACCAAAAACAUAAAACAAAAGAAAAACUAAAAAGAAAAUCAAACCAAAAAAAAUAAAAAUAAAAAAAGCAAAGAGAAAGAAAGAGUUUCUCUCCCUCUUUCUCUCCAUUGCCUAAAACCCUCUUUCUCUCUCAUUAUUUCUCUCUCUGAAAAUCAAAUUUCUUCCUCCGAAACUACAAUUUCUUUUCUUUCUUGAUCUGCUACUCAAUCCAGCUGUUUUUUGUUUCUUCUUCUUGUUCUUGUUCUUCUCAUUCUUUCCUUUUUGUUUUCUUUUGCUCAAAAUGGGUAUUUGCUAAUUUUUUUUUGCUCAACAUGAACCAGCCUCCUGAUAAUAGGCAGGCUUUGGAAAAAUAAAUUGUGCAUAAGCCAAAAGGGACACCUUUGAUAUCUGCAUUGAAGGCAGGAUUUGUGGUUACCCUUUUGGGGUUUGAGCCGAUAUAAGCCUUGAGAUUAAUCUGUGAGAGAUGACACGAGGAAGGAUAAGGGCGAGGCUUCGAAGGAGCCAUCUUCACCCGUUUUCAUGUAUGCGACCAAGAACAGAACAUGAUGAGGCACCACAUCCGAUUGAAGGCCCUGGAUAUUCAAGAAUGGUUCACUGCAACCAACCAAGUAUGCACCGGAAAAAGCCCUUGAAAUACUGUUCAAAUUAUAUAUCCACCACCAAGUACAAUGUCGUGACCUUCCUUCCUAAGGCACUCUUUGAGCAGUUUCGGCGGGUUGCCAAUAUCUACUUCCUUUUGGCUGCUAUUCUUUCACUUACACCUGUUGCCCCAUUUUCUGCUGUCAGCAUGAUUUUCCCUUUGGCUUUUGUUGUUGGUAUUAGUAUGGCAAAGGAAGCUUUAGAAGAUUGGCGUAGGUUCAUGCAAGACAUGAAGGUUAAUACCAGGAAAGCUAGUGUCCACACAGGGGAUGGUGUUUUUCAGUAUAAGCCAUGGCAGAAAAUUCAGGUUGGUGAUGUGGUGAAAGUGGAAAAGGAUCAGUUUUUUCCAGCUGAUCUGCUUUUAUUGUCCAGUAGUUAUGAAGAUGGGAUAUGCUAUGUGGAGACUAUGAACUUAGAUGGUGAGACAAACUUGAAGCCAAAAAGAGCAUUGGAGGUGACCUUGUCUCUCGAGGAUGAUGAGGCUUUCAAAAAUUUUACAGGAACUGUAAAAUGUGAAGACCCAAACCCCAGUCUUUACACCUUCAUAGGUAAUAUUGAGUAUGAGCGGCAGGUUUAUCCUCUUGAUCCUAGUCAGAUUCUGCUUAGAGAUUCUAAGCUCAGGAAUACAGCCUUUGUAUAUGGGGUUGUGAUAUUCACUGGCUUUGACAGCAAAGUCAUGCAGAACUCAACCAAGUCCCCUUCAAAGAGGAGCAGAAUUGAAAGAAAAAUGGAUAAAAUUAUUUAUAUCCUUUUCAGCAUCCUUCUGCUGAUCUCAAUGAUGAGCUCAAUUGGUUUUGCAGUGAAGAUAAAGUUACAAAUGCCAGACUGGUGGUACAUGCAACCCUCAAAACCUGAAAAUUUGUAUGAUCCCGACAGCCCUGUCAAGUCAGGUCUAGCCCAUUUGAUAACUGCUCUCAUUCUUUAUGGGUAUUUAAUUCCCAUCUCUCUCUAUGUUUCAAUUGAGGUUGUGAAAGUUUGUCAAGCAAAGUUCAUUGAUGAAGACCUGCACAUGUAUGAUGAAGAAACUGGCAAUACUGCCCAAGCGCGGACAUCAAACCUAAAUGAGGAAUUGGGACAGGUGGAUACUAUCCUCUCUGAUAAAACUGGAACAUUGACCUGUAAUCAGAUGGAUUUCCUAAAAUGUUCCAUUGCUGGCACUGCAUAUGGUGUGCGUUCCAGUGAAGUUGAACUUGCUGCAGCAAAACAGAUUGCAAUGGACCUUGAGGAGCAGGACGAUGAAUUAUCUAAUGGUUCCAGGCCUAAUAGCCAUACACAUAACUCGUGGGAGACUAGAAGUGGAGCACCAGAAAUUGAAUUGGAGACUGUCAUUACUUCUAAAGAUGAAAGGGAUCAGAAGCCAGUUUUGAAGGGGUUUAGUUUUGAGGACAGCCGCCUCAUGGAUGGUAAUUGGUUAAAGGAGCCAAAUGCAGAUGUCAUUUUGUUAUUUUUCCGGAUAUUAGCAAUUUGUCAGAGUGCUGUUCCAGAGCUGAAUGAAGAGACUGGCAGUUUCACAUAUGAAGCAGAGUCUCCUGAUGAAGGAGCCUUUCUUGUUGCAGCAAGAGAAUUUGGUUUUGAGUUUUGUAAAAGAACUCAAUCAAGUGUGUUUAUCUGUGAAAAAUAUGCUCAUCCAGGACAAUCGGUCGAAAGAGAGUUCAAAGUUCUCAAUUUGUUGGAAUUUACUAGCAAAAGAAAGCGAAUGUCCGUAAUUGUCAGGAAUGAGGAUGGACAGAUUCUACUCUUCUGCAAAGGUGCUGACAGCAUCAUUUUUGAUCGUCUAUCAAAAAGUGGAAGAAUGUAUGAGGAAACUACUACUAGGCACUUGAAUGAAUAUGGAGAAGCUGGGUUGCGCACAUUGGCACUUGCCUACAAAAAGCUUGACGAGUCUGAGUAUACUGCAUGGAAUAAUGAGUUUAUGAAAGCCAAAACAUCAAUAGGUGCUGAUCGAGAUACAAUGCUUGAGCGCGUAGCAGAUAUGAUGGAAAGGGAAUUGAUUCUUGUGGGUUCUACUGCUGUGGAGGACAAACUGCAAAAAGGGGUGCCCCAGUGCAUUGAUAAGCUUGCACAAGCUGGUCUCAAGCUUUGGGUUUUGACAGGAGAUAAAAUGGAAACUGCUAUCAAUAUCGGAUAUGCUUGCAGUUUGCUUCGACAGGGAAUGAAGCAAAUUUGUAUUACAGUGACAAACUCAGAUAUGAUAGCCCAAGAUUCUAAACAGGCUGUGAGAGAGAAUAUUCAGAAUCAAAUCACCAAUGCCUCUCAAAUGAUUAAGCUAGAAAAGGAUCCUCAUGCUGCAUUUGCAUUGAUUAUUGAUGGGAAAACUCUGACUUAUGCUCUUGAGGAUGAUAUGAAGCAUCAGUUCUUGGCAUUAGCAGUCGAUUGUGCAUCUGUCAUAUGCUGUCGUGUCUCUCCCAAGCAAAAGGCACUGGUAACAAGGUUAGUGAAAGAAGGAACUGGAAGAACCACCUUAGCAAUAGGUGAUGGUGCUAAUGAUGUGGGAAUGAUUCAAGAAGCUGACAUUGGUGUUGGCAUCAGUGGGGUGGAAGGUAUGCAGGCUGUGAUGGCCAGUGAUUUCUCUAUCUCCCAGUUUCGUUUCUUGGAAAGACUUCUAGUAGUGCAUGGACACUGGUGCUACAAGAGAAUUGCUCAGAUGAUUUGCUAUUUCUUCUACAAAAAUAUAGCAUUUGGUCUUACCCUGUUCUACUUUGAGGCUUUUACAGCCUUUUCGGGGCAGUCAAUUUAUGAUGACUGGUACAUGCUAUUGUUCAAUGUUGUUCUGACCUCUCUUCCUGUUAUUUCGCUUGGAGUUUUUGAGCAAGAUGUUUCUUCUGAGGUCUGCUUACAGUUUCCAGCACUGUAUCAGCAAGGACCCAAAAAUCUAUUUUUCGACUGGUAUAGGAUACUCGGAUGGAUGGGCAAUGGUCUUUAUUCCUCUAUUGUUAUUUUCUUUCUCAAUCUUGUCAUCCUUUUCGAUCAACCAUUCCGCGAAGGAGGUCAAACUGCUGACAUGGCAAUCGUGGGUACCACUAUGUUCUCUUGCAUCAUCUGUGCUGUCAACUGCCAGAUAGCACUUACAAUGAGCCACUUCACAUGGAUUCAACAUGUAUUUGUCUGGGGAAGCAUUGCAGCUUGGUUCUUGUUUCUCUUACUCUAUGGAAUGAUAUCACCAAUCUAUUCUGGGAAUGCCUUCAAGAUUUUAGUCGAAGCUCUUGGUCCAGCACCCAUAUACUGGUGUUCCAUUUUCUUGGUGACAGUUACAUGUAAUUUGCCAUACCUGGUUCACAUAUCAUUCCAAAGAUGUAUCCAUCCAAUGGAUCACCACAUCAUCCAAGAAAUCAAGUACUACAAGAAGGACGUCGAGGAUCAACACAUGUGGAGAAGAGAACGGUCCAAGGCAAGACAAGAAACCAAGAUUGGUUUCUCUGUAAGGGUGGAUGCAAAGAUCAGACAGUUAAAAGGAAGGCUGCAGAAGAAACAUUCAACCAUAGUAUCACAAACACAAAGUUACGCAUCUUCUCCAUCAUAACCUUGUCUAAUAUAUAUAUUUUUUCUUUUUCUUUUUAUUUCUUUCCUUUUCCUUUUAAUUUUUUUGGGGGAGGGGAACAAAGCUUGUAGGGUUUUGGUUGUUUGCAGUUUUUCUUUUUUCUUUCUUUAUCAUGGCCCUAGUAAUGAUUCAUUUUGCAGUGAUUUAUUUUUUCUUUUUCUUCUUCAAA